AUGACUGUUGCAUAUGCUCUUGAUGUUGCAACUUCAACUAUUUUUACACAAAUUCGUGUUUUAUUAAGAUGGAAAGGUUCGGUUUGGAAAGCAACAUGGAUUGAACUUAUUAUUUGGUUAAUUAUGUAUUUUAUAUUAUCUGUGAUCUAUCGAAUUAUGUUGAAUAAAUGGCAAAGAGAGUUAGUUUAUUUAUAUUUAUGAUGUUUGAUUUUUCUAUUUUAACCAUUAAUCGGGAAAUCUAUCAUAUUUCUAUAUAUGAUUGAUCAAGUACAGCUUGAAACACUAAGCAAUAAAUUAAAAAUUUCAGAGUCUUCGAGAAAUUAUGCACAUUUUUCGACACAUUUUCAGUAUUUAUUCCAGUUACUUUUAUGCUUGGUUUUUAUGUUACUAUUGUGUAUAAUCGAUGGAGUCGAGUUUUUGACAAUGUUGGAUGGAUUGAUACGUAAGAAACAUUUAUAUUAGAAGUCAUUCAAAUAUUGAGUUACCAACAUAUUUAGAAUAAUAUUUUACAAUAGUUAAACAUUUUCAAAUUUUUGGAAUUAUAAAAAAAAAAUAAUUUUGUUAUUGCCACAUCAUAGUUCACGCUGGUAGACAAAUUAUUCCAAAUUUUUGAAAAAAAACCUGGACGUAAACUGAUAAUAAAAAUCAGGACUUUUCAAAAAAAAAUUAAAUUUCAAAAAUAGUUUUUGUUCAGAUCAGCUCUAACAAUUGCCCAAUAUAUACGUGGCACAAGCGAAAGAGCAAGAAUAAUUCGUCGAAACUGUGUCAGAUAUUUGAUUGUUGCUCAAUGUCUAGUUUUCCGAGAUGUUUCUCCGCCAAUUCGAAAAAGAUUUCCAACAUUGAAUCAUUUGGUUGAAGCUGGUUUAUUAUCCAAAGAAGAACUUGAAGAAUUUGAUUCAAUAAAAUCGCCACAAUCAAAAUAUUGGCAGCCAAUUCAAUGGUUAUUUUGUUUGGUUACUCAGGCUAGAGAAGAAGGAAUGAUCGAUAAUUAUUUCCUUUAUGUUGAUCUUAUUGAAAAAAUGCGAGAUUUCAGAACUAAGAUUUUGAAUCUUAUUAUUUUUGAUAUGGUUCCAAUUCCUCUUGUUUACACUCAAGUCGUUAAUUUAGCAGUGAGAAUGUAUUUUGUCUUGGCUUUGUUUGGUAGACAAUUUUUGGACGAGGAUAAGAAUAUUCCUGGUGCUAAAUUCAAAAUUGAUCUUUAUUUUCCAAUUAUGACAUCACUACAAAUUAUAUUUAUAAUUGGUUGGCACAAGGUAAGAAAUAAGAGAAGGAUUACUGUAGCUCAUGUUUUUCAAAUAAAAUCCAGGCAUAUUUUUGAGGUGUCUGAAGUUAUGCUAAAUCCACUUGGAGAAGACGAUGAAGAUUUUGAAACUCAUUGGAUUAUUGAGAGAAAUCUUCAAGUCGGAUACGCUGUUGUAGAUCAAGCAUAUGACAGAUGUCCACCAAUUGUUAGAGAUCCAUUUUGGGAAGAAGAAACACCUCAACCAAUGGAUACACCUGGAUCUCAAAGAAAAGAUACAUCUCAUAUGCAAGGAAGUUGUAUUGCUAUGUAAAUAAAUCAAACACUUUUUCCAGAGAAUACAGUAAUUGUUUCAGGGAUGCUACAAACAUGGAUAAUGGUAUGAUAUCUUAUAUUCGACGAAGAUCAAGUUCAAUAAGUGACAUAUCUCGAAUGACUGAAAGUACUCGAACAAAUGGAAGUUUUGCAAGGAGAAGAUUGAGUAAUGCAUUUAGUAGAAUCUAUAAACCAAAUGCAAAAAAAGAAGAAGAUUCAGAACCAAGAAGAGCAAGUGUUUGUGAGUUAUUCUGAAAAUAGGUCCCAAUCGCUGUUAUUUUGAGAUAUAGCUGUGCACAUCUGUUUUUCAGGUGUCGCUGCUUUGGAUUUAAAUCGUAGACCAAGUCGACAAAGCACACCAGAUUUAGAAACUGGCGAACAGGUUUUAGAAGUUCCAAGUGUAACAAACGGACAAGUAAAUGAUACUCCACAAGAUGUGAAAUGGUUUGUGGAUGAAAUGCCAAUAAUUGAAGAAGAAGAUGAUCAUCAUCAUAGUCAAGCUCAUAAUUCAGCUUCAUCACUACGUCAAAAAUUGGAAAAAAUUAGAAAACCUUCUAUUUGA